GGAUGAGUGAUAAAAAAUCAUGCGAUGAAUGAUGGUGCGGUUACUGCUGACUAUAGAGUAAAGUGAAACCUUGGCAAAAAAUAUGAAGAUGCAAAAUUCUAUUGCCUUCUUCUUCCUACCUCAAAUCGGUAUGAUGCUUUGCUUUCUUUAAAAUAAAAUAAAAAAAAAGGCAAAUCACAAGUAAGCUUCUCUCUCUCUCUCCAGAAGAAAAUCCACCGAUUAGGGCAAAACUAGAUCUCUGCAACUUUCAUGGAAGCUUGAAUGCAUGCAGUUUGAGUUUGCGGUUUCCUUAUUUCAAUGACAAGAACCAAAUUGCGGUUGCCAAUUUGAUCCGCUUGUUGAUGCUUUGCUCUCUCCAAAUUCUGGUUCGAAAUUUCGCAUGGAAUCGAUCGUGAGCCACAAUGGCUCACAAGACCCCUGGCAUUUCCUUGUAGCUAUCUACUUCGCUAUUGGUUUUGUAGCUGCUAGGUUCUUCUUGGACAAAUUCAUCUUUCGAAGGCUGGCCAUUUGGUUGUUGCAUAAGAAAGCUGUGCCACUGAGGAUUGAUGAGGCUACACGUGCUACUAUUGUAAAAUGCUCAGAAUCUAUGUGGAAGCUAAUAUACUAUGCUGCCGUUGAAGUAUGUGUUCUAAAAAUUAUAUACAAUGAACCAUGGUUCAGAAAUACAAGAGAGUAUUUCAGAGGCUGGCCGGAUCAAGAAUUAAAGCUUCCCCUAGAACUUGUCUACAUGUGCCAAUGUGGCUUCUACAUCUACAGUAUUGCUGCACUACUUACAUGGGAAACUAGAAGGAAGGACUUUGCUGUCAUGAUGUCUCAUCAUGUAAUUACGGUUAUACUGAUUGGAUACUCUUACAUUGCAAGAUUUUUCCGGAUAGGCUCAAUUAUCCUUGCCCUGCAUGAUGCAAGUGAUGUUUUCAUGGAAGCUGCAAAAGUUUUUAAAUAUUCUGGGAAGGAGCUUGGAGCGAGCAUUUGCUUUGGAUUAUUUGCUAUCUCAUGGCUCACACUACGACUAAUAUUCUUUCCCUUUUGGGUAAUCAAGACUUCAAGCUCUGAUAUUGUGGACUUCUUGGAUUUAUCAAAGGCCUACCCCAUUUCACUGUACUAUGUUUUCAAUACAAUGCUGCUGAUGCUACUUGUAUUCCACAUCUAUUGGUGGGUUCUGAUAUGCUCAAUGAUAAUGAGACAGCUGAGAAAUAGGGGAAAAGUGGGGGAAGAUAUAAGAUCUGAUUCAGAAGAUGAUGAAUAGAUGGAAGAUUUUGUUCAUGAUUUUGGUUCAAUGGUGGCUCACAGGAGGUUCAUUCGACUUAUUUUUGGGUUUGUCUCUUCAUUUGAUUGGUUAUUACCAAUCAGGUGAAUAUUUUCUUUGAUUUCUACCGUUUAUAAUUUUUCUUGAUGUAGAGGAAAGGAGGUAGGACCAUCAAGCAUCACUUUUUUAUUUCUUUUGGUGUAUAAGUAAUAGGCAAUCCUGUAUAAUUAUUCCCUUUUUGAUAAACCCUUCUUUUGAGAUUAGUCUAUAUAUUGCAAAAUGGGAAAUGGAAAAAAAUAGUUUUUUUAUACAAUUUCUUAUUUUUCUGGCGUA